AUGGUAUCCAACAGCUUCCCAACUGCUGAACACAGCGUCAUGAUGGUUUCAGAGGAAGUAAGUGCAAUAAUCCAAGGCGAAACCCCGAUCAAAAUACCUGAUCCGGGGAGUUUUGUUCUAGAUUACAACAUACAAGACAAGAGUUUUCCUCGAUCCCUUUGUGACCUAGGAUCCAGCGUGAAUCUCAUGCCACACUCAGUCGCGAUAUCCCUCGGAUACGACGAGUUCAAACCCACCAAAAUAACUUUGGUUCUUGCUGAUAGAUCCGUUAGAGUACCUGAGGGAGUACUAGAUGACGUACCGAUAAGAAUUAACGACUGUCACGUACCAACGGAUUUCAUUGUGUUGAAAUACCAGAAUGAACCAAAAGAUCCCCUCAUCUUAGUUAGACCAUUUCUAGCUACCGCUGGUGCAAUCAUCGACGUCAAGGAAGGUCGGAUAUGUUUAAACAUUGGAAACAUUCCAAUGACCUUCGAUAUGGAAAAACUGAUAAAACGACCCUUAGUCGACAAACAAACCUCUUACGCGGACGAUAUCUCUGAGUUGGUUGAAGAAUCCUUCAUAGACCUAUGCUCAGAUGACCCCCUGGAAAAAGCGCUCACAUCUACCGAAGAGGAAUCUUCCUUUCGAAAUCAUAUGAAAGUCUACAUCGGGAAGUGCACGCAGUCGGACAAGGUUAAAAGAGCAGACCUUGGUACGCUGAUAUAG